AAAAUCAUUUUCUACUUCCAAAUGACGAAAAAUAGACAGAUAUAUAUUAUUUUAAAAACUCAUAACAUUUCGACUCAUUUUAACUGAAGCACACAGACGACUGCAACGGCGCCGCUCUCACCAUCCGCCUUCUCCACCGCAAGUGAUCAAGGGGUUAUUAAACUGCGGGUAAUUCGGAAAUGGGCGAAGAUUUCUUCCAAUACCUACCAUCAGAAAUCAUAGUAGAUAUCCUCUCAAGACUCCACACUCGAGAUGCUAUGGCCUGCAAGUUUGUUUGUAAGCCAUGGCUUGUUCUUCUCGCUACCCCUGAGUUUGUGAAUUCCCAUAUUUCCAGAUCAAUCCCGGGCCUUGCUUUUAAAACGCACUCAAAGUCAUACGACGUCAUUGAUAUUGUGGAUGAGUUUGGCUUAGACUUUGACGAGGAGUAUCAUUGGGAGGCCUCCUUCAACUUCAAACUCCCCUUUGAUGAGCCAAUCCAUAGUUCAGCUAAUGGUUUGAUCUUUCUAGGAGGCGUCGAUCAUGGUGAUCUUAUCCUGUGCAAUCCAGUCACACGUGACUAUAUCACGCUCCCUUCUCCUCGACAAACCACCUCAAAAGAUCAGCUUGCAUUUGAGAGUUUUGGAUUUGGAGUGAGCAGAACGACCGGCCAAUAUAAGGUGGUCAGGAUUUUCUUAGAAAAACCACUACUUGGGGAGUACAUAAGGCAACAACAUGAUUUCAAAAAUGAGUGCCAAGUAUACACUGCUGGAACCGGAAUGUGGAGAAAAGUUCCCUCUGAUAGCCCGCACAGGUUUUAUCACAGCCUUGUAGGUUUACUUUUUAAUGGAAAUCUUCAUUGGAGGGUAAUUGAGAAAGAUAAAGACGACUUGGUUGAACGGAUUUCUUGCCUUGAUCUUGAAACGGAACUUUUUAGCACCUUUCAUAUACCUCCUCGUCCUCCUGGUAUAGUUUCACACUGUCAUAAAAUGCCAUUUGUUUUGAGGGAUUGCCUCUGUUUGAGCUAUGUUACGGAUGAUCUGGUGGUUGUAAUUUGGUCCAUGAAGGAAUAUGGAGAUGAGAAAUCUUGGACAAAGGAAGUUCUCACCGGUAAAGUUUUCAGGCAACUUUAUGAGGUAUUUUAUGCUUGCGUGAUCAGAAUUUUUGAAAAUGGUGACAUCUUGAUGGACUGGGAUAGGAAGAAGCUGUUCUACUACUCCAGCAAGACUAAAUCUUGCUAUGACCUCUUUUCUCGAGAGGAUCAUAAUGCUGAUAUCUGUACGACCUUGUAUGCCUCAAGCUUUCUCUCUCUGAAGAAUUUUGCCAUGGAGAAUGUUAGCUCAUUUUGAGCUGUCAUGCAAUGAAAAUGGUGAGGGACAUGAGAGACAAAUCUCUUCUUGUGUCAUGCAAUGGAAAUGUUGGUAGUAUCUCUUUUGCCAAGAUAACAUUAGUAUUUUCUUGGGUUUAUAUGUGAUCUGGAGUUGCUUUCUUGCCUUAUUACUUCCAUUAUCUAUUCAGUAAUAAACGUGUAACGGAUUAGUGUUACUUCCAUUAUCUAUUAAGUUUGAUGCUGUCAUGAAUCAGUGUGAUGUAAUAAGACUUUGUGACAUGUUUUUGUAGUAUUUGAUUCUUCGAAUCUUAUGCAUGUACAAUGUAAGUUUCUGUAUUUGAUUCUUGUAA